AGGUCAUACCACCAGCAAGUUUUGGAGCUGCAGAACACCUUACAGUCAGGCAUGGAAGCUUAGGCAUCGACCAUUUCAAAAGCACAGAAGUGCAGGAGCCGCAAGAAAUGCUCGGAAUCUGAACGGGAAGUGCAAGAGCCGCAUGGAGGAGGUCGAAUUCAUGACGAUUCCCCUUUCGUGGCGCGAAAGUUCCGGGGAGCUUCGCGUCCAUGAGUCAGCUGACGGCAUCUCGAGAGGGCUCGCUGACGUCAUCGUCAGAACUGCUGAGGCGGCCAUAGCAGCACAUGGCCACUUCUGCAUCGCCAUUUCAGGGGGCUCCGUCGUCAAAUGCCUCGGCCAGCUGGCGGAUCCAGCUGUUGCGGCGCGCUGUGAUUGGUCCAGGUGGCACGUGUUCUGGGUGGACGAGCGGGCCGUGCCUCUGACUCACCCCGACAGCAAUUACCUCCUGGCGCACGCUCACUGGCUCUCCAAGGUGCCCAUCCCCGUUGCCAACAUUCACACUCUCGACGACUCCCUCCCAGUGGAGGCAGCAGCAGAGGCGUACGAGGGCGACCUGAGGCGGUGUGUGGAGCAGGGCGUGCUGCUCAUGCACCCAGAUACACCCUUCCCCAGGUUCGACUUUAUCCUUCUAGGGGUGGGGCCAGACGGCCACGUGGCCUCUCUCUUCCCCUCGCAUCCCCUCCUCUCCCCCGCCUCCCCCUCCCCCCACUGGUGCCGCCCCCUCUCUGACUCCCCCAAACCUCCCCCCGCUAGAAUCACCCUCACUCUACCCGUGCUGCUGGCUGCUGCCGUUGUGGCCGUGGUGGCGAUGGGGGAGGGCAAGCGGGAGUUGCUGGGGAGGCUGUUCGAAGCAGGGGGGACGGGGUUUGCUGAAGAGACAGCGCUGCCGGUUAGUCUGGUGUUGCCAAGGGAUGGGAGGUUGGUGUGGAUGGUGGAUAGGGAGGCGGCUGCUGGGUUCUUGGGUCGCUAGUAUGUGUGGGUAUUGAUCCAGUGUUCGAAGCAGGGGGGGCGGGGUUUGCUGCUGGGACAGGGCUGCCUGCCAGCCAGGUGUUGCCAAGGGAUGGGGGGUUGGUGUGGAUGGUGGACAGGGAGGCAGCUGCUGGGGUCUUGGCUCGUGGGUAAUUGACACGCGUGUAGGGUUUAAGUGUAAGGGCACGCGGUUUGCUUGUCUCACCACCACCAUACCAGUCUGCUGCCAGAUUCGUACCACGCCUUCGCUACACGUCGUCCUGUGGUUUUGUGCUAGCCUCCACCUAUCACCUUACACAUUGGAUUCCACCAAUAAUAAAAACAAUUUAUA